AUGGACAAGCUACUGCUUUGGGUCUUUGUCCUCACCAGUCUCCCAGAAGCCUUUGCUCAGACAGACCUCAAUGGGAAGGUAUUUGUUUUCCCUAGAGCAUCCUCUAGUGACCACGUGAACUUGAUCCCAAAGCUAGAGAAACCUCUGCAGCAGUUUACCUUGUGUUUUCGAGCCUAUAGUGACCUCUCCCGUGCCUACAGCCUCUUCUCCUACAACGCCCGGGGCAAGGAUAAUGAGCUACUAAUUUUUAAAGAAAAAGUUGGACAUUAUUCUCUACACAUUGGAGGCACAAAAGUUACUGCCAUAACUAUUGAAGAGGUCCCUACCAGUGUGCACAUCUGCACUAGCUGGGAAUCUUCGUCGGGCAUUGCUGAAUUUUGGGUCAAUGGGAAGCCGCUGGUGAGAAAGGGCCUGAAGCAGGGUUAUUCUGUGGCAACUAACCCCAAGAUUGUCCUGGGACAGGAGCAGGAUUCCUAUGGAGGAGCGUUUGAUAUAAACCAGUCCUUUGUGGGAGAGAUUGGAGAUUUGUACAUGUGGGACUCUGUGCUGUCUCCAGAGGAUAUCCUGUCUGUGUAUCACGGUUCCUCCCUCAAUCCCAAUAUCCUGAACUGGCAGGCUCUGAGCUAUGAUAUAGAAGGAUAUGUCGUCAUCAAGCCCCUGGUGUGGAACUGA